AUGGUGAAAUCCCUGGAACAGCAGCCUAUGAAAAAAAGAGUGGAAGACGCCAGCCCUGACGAAAUCGAAGUCGUUCCGGAAGGCGAACAGAGCAAGGACCAACCCGUGGCGCCGUCGCAGGAUGGAGCUACACGCCCCAAUGGCUCCCCAAUCCCACAAACAAUAGUGGAAAAGGUCGACUCUGAUGAGCCAAGCUUUGGAGAGGUUCCAGGCACAGACGCAUAUGAUAAACGACAGGCAGACGCGACACCUGAUAUUGUGAAAGAUAUAUCCGAUCCACAAAACGAUAUAGAUGCUCCAGCUUCCGACGACGACUCCCCCAUGGAAACCAUGCCUAUAGAAGAAAAUAUAUCAUCGAGCCCACAAGCUCAGACAUUCGAACCGAGUGACCUAGACCUCGAUGUCGUUGAAACAACCAACAAUGAUACCGAACCAACGGCACAAUACGACGCCGGGGAGGAUACCCUGGAAGAAGCAGAUGCUCCAGACGACUUUGCAGAUGACUUUGACGAUUUUGUGGAUGAGCAAGAAGCAAUGGAAGACGACGACUUCGGAGACUUCGACGACGGUUUCCAAGAAGCCAGCGCAGACGUCACGGAGCGUGAAGCCUCCCCACAACAAUCAUUCGCACCCCCGCCAGUUCCCCCUCUCACAGAUUUCGACGUCUUCAAAUCAACAUCCGACCUCCUCUCAUCCCUCCAAGGAACCCUCGACAACCUCCUCCCAGCCUCGAAAGACCUCCCCUCCCUCCCACCAAUUGAACCAAUCCCCGACUCAGCCGCAAUCUUCAGCACAGAGCGUUCCCUCUCCCUCUGGUCUCAACUCGUCGCUCCUCCACCUCUCCAACCCCAAAACUGGGUAAAAUCCCGUAUCCGCCGCCUCUUCCUCGUCAGCCUAGGCGUCCCAGUUGAUCUCGACGAGAUCCUUCCCGCCUCAAAACAGAAAAAGCUCAUCCUCCCCUCUAUAGACCUGGAAUCAGGCACAAACACCCCCGCCGCCCGCUCGCGCAGCGAAGCCCGCAAAGAAGGCGACGCCGAGCAGGAAUCUGGCUCUGCUUCGUCCGGACAAGGGCAGGGGCAGGGGCAGGGACAAGUACCCCGCUCUAAGACGCGGAGGGGGGCGCCGCCUGUGCCGAUGAUGGAUCUUCCUUCUGUGCGGAGGCUUUGUGCGACUACUGAUGCUGCGUUGGGUGGGUUGACAGAUGGUGAGUUGAAGGGACAUGUUAGUGAAUUGGAGAAAGUUACGUUGAGGGCUAGUGAGGUUUUGGAAUAUUGGCUUAAGAGACGUGAUGGGUUGGUUGGUGAGAAGGAGGCCUUUGAAGGUGUUAUCGAGAACUUGGUUAGUCAUGUUCGAAGAGUUAGGAAGUAA